CCCCCUCCCUCCCACCCAAGUGCACUAAUGCAGGCGCACUUUAUUUUCUGUGCUCCUCGAUAUCACCACUAUCCCAGCACUCACUUUUCUCCUGCUGAAUAAACUGAUUCCUGAGUCAAGAACUCCUGCUGUCAAAAUGGCAGAGUCACAGAUUGAACCCCCAUGCAAACUGCAUCGUCUGUUCAGAGUUUACGAUCCUGAGGUUGUAGCGGUUAUGACAAUAUUACUUGGACUGUUCCAAGUGCUUCUGGGAUUUCCGGCUUACUACAUGAGCAUCAACAUAAAACUACUACAUGUGUGCCCAGUUUUCGUUGGAGCAGUAUAUGUGGCUGGAGGAUCAUUUGCAAUGGCAUGCAUAAGAAUUCCUAGCAGGAAGCUGGUGAAAAGCUGCCUGUAUGCCAGUGUCUUUGGGCUGUUGGUGGGAUUGAGUGCCAUUUUUGUUUAUGCCUACGCAAUCUAUGACAUGAAGUCUGUUAUAGUCUGCGAACCAGAAGAGAUUUUACAUGAUUGUACACCAUAUGGAGUAUUUGAAUAUUUCAACGCAUUCUCAGCACUGCUUUUGAUUUAUGACAUGGGAGCGCUCAUUCUUCAAGGCCUCCUUUUAUUUUCAGCUAGGAAAGGUUUGAAAACAAACUGAAAAACAAACAAAAAAAACCCACACAAGUCUAUAAUGAACCAAUAUAACAACAUUGUGUGAGUGUAUAUAUAUAUAUAUAUAUAUAUAUAUAUAUAUAUACACACACAUACAUACAUACAUAUAUACACAUACACUCAUAUACUCAUAUAUACACAUACUAACUGAGAAACUGUAAAAUGUGAUGUAUUACAAUUUCUGUAGCUCAGAAAUUGUACUUUUUUAUAUACUUUUUAAUUUCAUCCUUUUUUUAAAUAAAAAUAAAGUUUUGAAAAGUAAGCAUGGUGCUGUGUGCAUGCAAAAAAGCAUUUUGUGUUAACCCUUUCGCACAGUACACUGGUGCUUAUUUCCACCGCUGUAUUGGAAAUGAACUUUUGUCAUUUUCAAUUAGUUUUUAUUCAAGUGACAAUUAUUUUAUCGCAACAACUCUGUUAUGAGAUUGUUCAGGACCCUGUUGGGUUUCUGUAUGUAAAGUACAACCAAUAGCAUUGGUAUACAAGGACACAACAACUAAAUCCUUUUUGAUAGUAAAACACUGUAUACCACUGCCACAAUAAAAAUAUAAUAAUAAAACGUCUAGGCAAUGUCUAAAAGAAAUACAGAAACUGCAAAUUCUUAAAGCCCUGAGUGUCUACUUUCAUACAUGCCAUUAACCACUACUGUGUAGUGUGACAGCACAAACAAAUUCAGUGCUGAACAUGCAUGGGCACCUCCAAAACACACAGAAAUUCUAUUUUCUGUCCUCUGGUACGUAUGAAAGUGUUAGCUGCCACUUUGUAGACAUACUUUAUACAAAGACUUAAUUGGGAUUAUAUUACAACCCCAAUUCCAAAAAAGUUGGGACAGUAUGGAAAAUGCAAAAAAAGAAACCCAAAAGAGUUAUCUGAAAAUUCACUGCACCCGGUACUGUAUUGAAAACACAUUAUUUGAUGUUUUACUUUGUGAAUUUAAUUUAUAUUUGAAAAUAUACACUCAUUUCAAAUUUGCUGACUGCAACACACCAAAGAAGUUGGGACAGUUGACUGUUUAACACUGUAACAUCACCCUGUCUUUUAACACUUAUUGAUCUUUUAGGCACUGAAGACACCAGUUGGUUAAGUUUAGCAAGUGGAAUUUCCCCCAUUCAUCCAUUAUGCAUUUCUUCAGCUGUGCAACUGUACGGGGCCUACAUUGCCUUAUUUUGUGCUUCAUAAUGCACCCCACAUUCUCAAUCGGAGACUGGUCAGGACUCU